AUGAUGCGUAGGAUCACAUUGUUGCGCCUGCAACCACAGUGCGCCGUGUGCGUGCGCGGCAUCGUGACGGGCGGACGGGUCACAAACGAGGAUCGCCGCUGGUGGUUGAUCCACCUAGAGUGUGCGCCAGAUGUCACCCCUGGCACCUUUGUUGCGUGGCUUGAUUGCUGCGGUACGCACACCACCAAGAAGUUGAUUGAGCGCAACAUCUGGACAAUUGAGCAGGUGGCGCAGCUUGACUCCGACCAAGUGGAUGAGUUGAAGUACAAGGAGGGGUGUUUGAAGAUGGACGUCGUCUGGGAGCAUGCCCGCACCAUCCUCACCCCACUGCAGCAGCGGGAAGCGACGGGUGGCGUGGAGUCGGAGCUGCAGAGUCGCAUCUUAGAACUUCGCAAGAAGCGCGAGCUUGAACGCAAGCGUGAGGAGCUGUUGAAGGAGCGGGCAAACAUCAACGAACAGCGAGAAGCAACGCUGCGGAAGCUGCGCGAAGCAAUCGCGGCAAAGAAGGCGGCCCUCCUCCAAAAGAAGCAGGAACUGGCGGGAGCCGACGCCAGCGACGGUCACAAUAGCAGCAGUGAGGGCGGUAAGAGCAGCAGCGCGUCAUGA